AUGACUGUCUUCAUUGCAUCUUUGUUCCUUCCCAAAACCAUCCACUUCACCCUCCCUGGCACCCCACCCCGAGGCCUUUCCCCAGACACCAACGUCGCCGAGAAAAAGGCCAGCCGUCAACCCACAAAGUCUAAGAAGCCUCCAAUUGAUCGACAGCCGAGCCUUUUCCAGCCGCAGUCCGACAUCACCCCUCCGGACACUCCAACCGAGGAGAAGAAGGAGACCGACCCCUUCGCCAACGAGGAUGGUCUGCGCAUUCACUUCCCAGCCAAGGAGGAGGGUACAUCGCGGACGGGCACACCCAUUGACAGGGGCUCUCCAACAUGGGGAGCGCGUCGAGACCAGCCCAUGUCUCGAGCCAACUCGCCGCCGCCUUCCUCGCUUCUCGAACACAACAAGCAGCUGAAAGCGAAGGCUCAUGAGCUCGGACGACAGGGCGUGAUCCAGCCGCGAUCGAUUAUGCGAAGCGAUAGUCACGACCGAGUAUUCGCCCAUGCCAAUUGGAAGGUUGUCAACGCCGAUCAGGGCAACGGUGGACUGCGGAAUGCCGCCGAGGCUGCUGCCCGGGAAGGGAAGCUGGGCGAGUAUACCUGGGUGGGAACGCUAGGAAUGCCAACGGACGCCCUGGAGAACACCCAGCAGAAGCAGGAUAUCGAGGACAGGCUUGCCACCGAGCAUGACAUGCUCACGGUGUUCUGCGGCGACAAGGAUUUCGAUGGCCACUAUUCGCACUUUUGCAAGCAAAUUCUAUGGCCCGUCUUCCACUACCAAAUCCCUGAUAACCCAAAGAGCAAGGCAUACGAGGACCAUUCGUACAAGCAUUAUGUCAAUGUCAACCAGGCCUUUGCCGACAAGAUCAUCAAGAAUUGGAAGAGAGGCGAUGUCAUCUGGAUUCACGACUACCACCUGCUGCUUGUUCCGGGAAUGAUCCGGAAGAAGCUGCCAGACGCAAAGAUUGGCUUCUUUUUGCACGUGGCGUUUCCCUCAUCUGAGGUCUUCCGGUGCUUGGCGGUCAGAGAAGAGCUUCUCCAGGGCAUGCUUGGUGCAAACUUGGUCGGCUUCCAGAUCCACGAGUAUACACGUCACUUUUUGCAGACCUGCAGUCGGCUUUUGAGCGCCGAGGCCACAACCGACGGCCUGCAGCUUGAAGAUCGAUUCGUCGAUGUGGUCAACUUGCCCAUUGGUAUCGAUCCUAUCAGUCUCAAUGAGCACCGAGAGGAGCCUGAGGUCAAGAAAUGGCUCGACAUUAUGAAGGAGCGCUAUGCUGGCAAGAAGCUUAUCGUAGCCCGCGACAAGCUCGAUCAUGUGCGCGGUGUCCGUCAAAAGCUUCUCUCAUACGAAUUGUUUUUGAACAAGAACCCACAGUGGAGAGACAAGGUCGUCCUCAUUCAGGUGGCUCUCUCUACAAGCGAGAGAUCCGAGCUGGACGCUACUGUUAGUGACAUUGUUACGCGUGUCAACUCGUCGUGGGCCAAUCUAGCCUACCAGCCUGUUGUAUACCUUAAGCAGGACAUCGACUACGAUCAAUACCUGGCUCUUCUCACCAUUGCCGACGCUCUGAUGAUCACCAGUCAGAGAGAAGGCAUGAACCUGACUUCUCACGAAUACCUUUACUGUCAGGACGGCAAAUAUGUCAACGAGAAGAAACAUGGAUCCCUCAUUCUGUCUGAGUUCACCGGAACAUCAUCUCUCUUUGGUGGCAAUGAGCUUUCGGUCAAUCCGUGGGAUUAUAGGGCCUGUGCUGAUGCAAUCAAGACGGCAUUGGAGAUGGGUAACACGGAGAAAGAGCGUCGCUGGUCCAAGCUGUAUGAUGCUGUCAACCACCACACUGGCUCUCACUGGUUCACUGAAUUCAUGUCUCGCCUCGACCGUGUUUAUGAUGAGCAGCAUCGGCACGACCAGACUUCGGUUCCACGUCUUAGCAUGCACGCGCUCACCCAACAAUACAAACGCACCGAGCGCCGACUUUUCGUUCUCGAUUAUGAAGGAACGCUCGUGAGCUGGGGACCGGUAAAUCAGAUCAUUCCGGUCAGCCCCCAGCGCACCCUUGAUGUCCUAAAUGAUCUUUUGCUUGACGACCGCAAUACGGUGUAUGUAAUGUCUGGGCGACGACCCGAGGAGUUGGAUCGCCUGUUCCGCAGGGUACCGAAUCUUGGCUUGAUUGCGGAGAACGGAUGUUUCCUAAAGGACUGUGGCAGCGACACGUGGACCACAAUGGCAGACCCUGAACAGAUUCGCACAUGGAAGGAGAGCGUGAAGAGCAUCAUGACAUACUACCUAGAGAGGACGCCUGGAGCUGAAAUCGAAGAGCGCCGGUGCUCUCUGAUCUUCCACUACAAGUCAGCCGAGGAUUAUGAGUCUGCGGCUCGACAGGCUUCCGAUUGUGCAAGCCACAUUAAUGACGCAUGUGAAGAACAGCGCGUGCAUGCGAUUCCCCUCGAUGGAUCCAUCAUCGUUGAGCCGCUCGAUUGGACGAAGGAGACCGCCGCUGAGAAGAUUUUCGAUGAUCUCCGCCAAAAGAUGCACCCCGAUGAGCAGCACAAAGGGCCGUUGGACUUCCUUAUGGUCGUUGGAGACGGACGAGAGGAUGAGAAGGUCUUCAAGUGGGCGAACUCUCUAUGCCAGGAGAGUGUAGUCAAGGAAGUUGUGACUGUGAGCUUGAGCAGUAGGAACACGGAGGCCACAGCAACCCUGACCCAGGGUGUGAACGGCGUAUUGAUCGCUCUGCAACGCCUCGCGUCUUUGAGCUAA